AUGGACGACUGUUACGAUGUCGUUGCUUUUCACGAGACUAGAAAGGGAAAGGAAUGGAAUAAAGUGAACGUUGAUUCUUGUGAUGCUCCUUUCCAAGAAAGGGCUGUGGUUGUAGACAAGUCUAUCUAUGUCAUAAGUAUGCCUCAGGAGGAGGAGAUUGUAGCAUUCUCCUUUGAGAUGGUUGAAAGUGAUGGCGGUGAUAUUGAAUACUCACUAAUAAAACAGUUUGUAUUGUGUGGCAUGCAGAUUGAACAGCCGCCAUUUGCAUUUUGUCGCGUAAAGAAACAGUUUUUGAUUCAUUUAGGGAACCAGGACUUUUUUCAUGUCAAGAUUGGCCCUUGCGAUUCAAAUGGCCAGCUACAACUCCUUGUUUUUCCAUUGGAUAAUCUAAAGUACAUAGCUUCCUCUUACAUUAAGAGCACCAUGAAAACUAUUAACCUCAUGCAUGAUUUUGAUUGCUUCCAACAAUAG